UUUGCCUCCCACUCUCCCCCGUCUCACCCGUGCUCGUGUACGCGGCGAGUUGGGAGUUGUCGUAGUGUAUUUAGCGCACAGAGGAAGAUCGUUAGAAUUAUGCGCUUAGACACGGGCAGCUUGCAGCAGCAGCAGCAGCAGCAGCAGCAGCAGUGUCGUUCUCUAAAGUAGAUUAGCACCAUGUUUUGACAAAUGGACUUACGACAGAUUAACCAAUUUGCUUGUUGUGAUAAUUUCUCGUAGUAUCGCACAAAUAAAUUUUUUUGGAGCUCUCAAAAAUGUCAGAUGGAUAUCCAAAAUUACCUCGUGCUGCUGUUAGAGACAGCUUUGAUGAAGAAGACUUGAGCGAUGUUGAUGAUGAGGUAUUCAUUCGUGAUGGCAAAAAUGGCAUUUUAAAAAUAGACGAUGACUGUGGUGUUAAAAGGCCUCUCAUGGCUCCUCGUAGAAAGUGCAAGGCACACUUUACUGAGACACCUCAGAUAUCAUAUAAGACUCUUUUUGCACCAUUUUGCUACACCUUAAUAGGUUUUGCCAUUAUUCUGGGAAUAAUUAUACUGUGUAUAAUUAUUAUAACUAGAUUUCCUAUGCCUAUGAAUGUACUGAAAAAUUGGCUGUUGCACAAUAAGCCAAAAACUUUUGAUAAACAGCAUAUUGUUCCUUGUACUUCCUUGAAUUCCAAAGUUCAGUGGACACGUACGUUGCCUAAGCUUACAUCUGAAGCGCCAUUGAAAAGUAACGAUGUUAAUGGAGAUAAUUUUGAGGAUAUCAUUGUGGGAUUUAGUACAGGUCUGGACAAGACUGAUGUUCCUGACUAUGUAUGCACACUGUACUUUGACCAAGCAUCACCUUGCCUAGGAGGUGUAUUAGCAUUAGAUGGGAAAACUGGAGAAACGAUCUGGACUCAUUGGGCUCCUCAUGCUAUAUUCUCAGUUGAUUGUGGUCUUGACUUGACAGGUGAUAAGACAAAGGAUUGUAUAAUUGCAGGAAGAGGUGGGAUCUUGCAUGCAAUUAAUGGUCAAGAUGGAGCUUCGAUAUGGGAAUUACCAUAUAGAGAUUUAUCCAUGCUAGAGCAACAGAGAUAUUAUGAUGUAUAUGAUGCCAGAUAUAUAGCUGAUGUAGAUGACGAUGGGAUUGGUGAUAUAAUAGCUUCACACACUUGGCAGAAUGACAAAUCGCAGUCUGAGGUGGUUCUAGUCUCAGGCAAAACUGGGACAAAAAUUAAAAGCAUGGAUUUUCCUGAUAAUGAGCGAUUAUUUGUAGCACCAGAAGUACUUGUGCAUCCUGAUGGUGAGACUUAUUUUAUAUUAGCCUCUAGCGAUCAAGACAAGUCUGGUGGUCUUUAUGUUAUAUCACAUUCCAAUUUACUGAAUAAACAAUUUAAAUUGAAGAAACUUCACCAUGGAAAAGGAAGAGGAGUAAGCUUACCACCAUUACUGAUUGAUAUAAAUUCUGAUGGAACUGAAGACAUUAUAGUUGCUUUUUUUAAUUCGUCCGUCAUGGCAUUUGAUGGCUUAACAUUCAAGGAAAUUUGGAACUUUACCAUUGCUAACUCUGAAAUAAUCAGUAUUCCAGUACCUGGCUACUACAACGACGAUAAAGUACCAGAUUUCAUGGUGAAACAUCAGAUUGGUCCAGGUUUUCCAGUCUAUUAUUACACAACGGCUACUAUAUUGGAUGGCAAAACAGGCAAACCCAUACUGGAAUCUCCAAUGGAAGAUACUUUGAGUGCACAAAUGUCAGGCUUGUCGGUGACUGUUGACGGCUAUGGCAACGAUUGGUUCUUACAUUGGUCUGCCAACUGUUUAGGUAAAGAGGUGUCAAAAGACAAGUAUGAAUUCAUAAAGGAAGCCAGUACUGAGGCUGAUUUAUGCAAGCUUCGUUUCAACAGCACAAUGGUGACGUCUCUACUAGCGUUCAGUCAGCACGUUCAGCCACCUGGAUUAGCACUUUAUAAUUCCCAAGAUUGGCAAAAAGUAGAAUUUAAUAAUUCCAUCGAUCCUAAAAAAGUAGCCGAAGAAUACGCUAAUUCUCACGCAAACUUUGAAAAUGCUGGCGAUCAGGUAAAUAAAUACAGCGAUGAUCGUCGUAAAACAAUUCAACACAUUCAACAGUCAGAAAACUUUUAUCCUCGAGGAAACAUUAAGUACGGUGAUGCAAACGAGGAGCAACAAGAUCGUCAAGGUUUCUUAGACAAAGAAUUGGAUGAGAUGAGUGAAGACGACGCUCGGAAUAACAAGUGGGAGAACGAGAAGCCACGUGACAAUGAUGUACAGUCGGACGUGAAUUACGACUACAAUUACGACGACGUAGAGAAGAGAAUGUUAGCAUCACAGUCCCAAUUAAACGAAAUUCGAUUUCAACGUAGCGAAAAGAAUUUCUCUACUGGAAGGUACAUCAACAAUGAUACAAACGAUGUCGAGAAUCAAUUGGAUCCUAGUAUGGAUUACACCAACGGUCAGAGUAAAAAUAACAAUUAUUAUACGAAUAUUAAUAGAUCGAAUAAUGCCGAAGAGAACGUCGAUUACAUGAUUCCCGAUAUCGAUUUUGUGGAUAACAUUAAAGAUGCUGAAGCUUUGGACGACAGAAAGAAACGAGAAAGUAGAAUUAGAAGAGACGCCUCGAAGAGUAAUCAGCGCGUUCGAAAAAAACAGAUUGUUAAAUUUCGCAAUUCUAUCGCAAAAAUCGUUAGCGAGUAUCGUUUAGAAGCGAUGUUCAAUAAACGAUUGAAGCGAGAAGAAACGAGUGCGUGGGUAAAACCAGUUGGUAUGCAGAGACAACCGCCAACUGGAAUUCUCGUACCGUCAUUAACAACUGAAGGAAAAAGUGCAGUUGAUCUAGUCUUUUCUACUUUCUGGCUUCCACCAUCUUCCACGCCGUUCCUUCUUUUACCGCAAGAUUUAGAAUGCAUCAAGGAAGCCGAGGACAAGUCGAGUAAAAAACUAUCACCAGCAGAACGAGAAGUUGUUGUUAGCGAAUGCCUGACCAAACGUGGCAUCGAUUAUCAGUCUUUCCAAGAAGCUACUGACAAGGAAAAUUCGCGAAUCACUUUGGGUCAAAUGACGGUUUACCGGAUGAGACUACAAUGCAACUGUCCUGAGGAUAUGUUGGCUGGACAAAAAUGUAGGGAUAUCUCGAAGCAGCAAAACUGGCCCGAAUUUCUUGGUCCUACCGGUAAUGGAUAUUUUGAACCAAUGAAGGAUUGAAUGAACUUUUGUGCAUGAAUGCAAAAUGUUUUAAAAGUAUUAUAUUCCAAGUCAUCAUCAAUCAUCAAAUGUGUAUCGAUAUCAGUGUGAAAAAGCUAGAAAUUCAUACGAAUUUUGUAUUACGUACUAUCCUCAUACGAUUUUUCUAUAUGUAUGAUGAAUAAGCAAGUUAUUGUAUAAAUAACCGAAUGAAAUCUGUAUUUCUUCUUUUUUAUUUGAGCACAUAAUUAUGCAUAUUUCUGUAUGUACACGUAGAUAUAGAUUCCGAGGAUACAGAUUCAUGUAUAAUUAUAUGUUUAAAAAUCUCAUUUUGCAGACGAAAAAUCGACGUGAAAUCGAAUGUGUAUGAAAAUUUGGAAACGUUGUAUUUUAUUUUUCAGAUCAUGAUAUAAUAUCAAGCAUAUUUAAAAUUAACAUAGUAUAAUUAAAAAGAAACGACAAAAUAGUGUGACAAAAUCAAUAAAUUGUUGCUAAUCAUUGAAAGUAUUAAAAACGUAGCUUUGAUUAUACUACUUUUUUGUUAACGACAGUUUAAUCUAUUUGAUGUUAAUUAUUUGGAGAAUUUAUAAAAAUAAUACAAACGAAAAGAAAAAAAAUCAUACAAGUAUAAAGAAAAACGAUGUAAGGUGUACAAAAACAAUAAAUAUUGAAAGUCUUGUGAAU